AUGGAGCAGCCUAUGUCCUCUGACUCUCAUGAAUCAGGUGUUUCUAUGCAAUCAUAUACUAUGGACUAUCAAGGCCACUUUGAUCUAGGUUUAUUUGGUCAACCCCUGGGCCGGAUUAUGCUACCAUUGAAUUUGACCUCCCAUGAUGAAAGCCCAAUAUUUGUCAAUGCCAAGCAAUAUCAUGGGAUACUUAGGCGUAGAAAAUUCCGCGCAAAGGAAAUGGAGAAGAACUUACUUAAACCGCGUAAGCCAUUCUUGCACCUCUCGCGCCAUCUCCAUGCCAAGAGUAGACCUAGGGGAGGUGGGGGCCGCUUCUUGAACACGAGGAAGACGAAUGGAAGUAUCAACGAUAAUGCAAACGGUACAACCAAGACUAGCAACAAGAAAUGUCAUCACACUAUAUCACAAAAUUCUGAAGUUUUGCAGUCUGAUGUAUUCAAUUUUAACUCAAUAAAGGAAACAACUAACAAUAUGUCCUCUAUUGGAUACUGGCCAUGA